GAGGCACGCUUGCUCUUCCUUCCCUCCCCCCGCCCCCAGCCCUCGCCCCCGACGUUGGAGCCGCGAAGCGGGGCGCAGUUUUCUCUCCGGUCCGCAAGGGGAGCCUUCCUGCCUUCCCUGCGACGUCCUUGCCUCGCCUGGACUGGGAGCCUGGGUACGACCGACUGAUCCUUAGGCGGACCUCGGCAGUGAUGUACUGACCGCGGAAGGGGAGCGCGGGGUGCCUCUUUGGCAACUCUUGGGGCGCUUUUCUUCUCCCCUCCCCCUCUUUUAUUCCAAGCCUCCUUUGCGCUCUAAAUUAAAACAGCGCUGAAGACUAACUGUUGAUCCCCCGAGCAAGGCGAAGCGGCGCGAAGCGAAUAAACCAGAGGGGGGGGGGUUCUGGACACAGACAUAUUUUGGCCAUGGAUGUAUUCAUGAAAGGAUUUAAUAAAGCUAAGGAAGGAGUGGUAGCAGCAGCGGAGAAAACCAAGCAAGGCAUGACAGAAGCAGCAGGAAAAACAAAAGAAGGGGUCCUCUAUGUGGGGUCAAAGACCAAAGAGGGUGUGGUUCAUGGUGUCACAACAGUGGCUGAGAAAACCAAAGAGCAAGUGUCAAAUGUAGGGGGAGCUGUUGUCACCGGAGUGACAGCUGUAGCCCAGAAGACGGUGGAAGGUGCUGGAAAUAUUGCUGCAGCCACUGGCUUUGUCAAGAAGGAUCAGUUGGGCAAACAGAAUGAAGAAGGACUUACACAGAAAGGAAAUGUGGAUAACACAGAUGCAGCAGACCCAGAAAAUGAGGCUUAUGAAAUGCCUCCUGAGGAAGAAUACCAGGAUUAUGAACCAGAAGCUUGAAUCUCCUCUCCUUCUUUCUAUCUCUUGCUACCAGUCAAUGAAAACAUCUUGUCUUGUACAAGUGCUGAGUUCCAAUGUGUAAACUACUUUUUAUAGUUUUUAUAGUGUCUUGGAGUUUUCCAUCAACAGUGAACGGAGCAUCUACAAUUAUGUUCAGUUUCCAUGUCUGUGACCAAUCUCCUCCUGAAAUGGAGGCUGGGUCCAAGAGCCAUUGUUGUUGUUUGGGUAUUGUGGCUUCAAGUUCUAAACACCGAAAAACAAUUUAAAGAACACCUAAGUGUCUACUCCUUAUUUAGAAAGCUGUAAAUGUUUUGUUGAUAGAUCAUUGGUAAUUUAGUAUUGUUUAUGGUAUGGAAGUUUCUAAAAUGUUUUCUGUGGUCAUUCUUUGCUGUCUGAGAAUGACCCUGUUGUGAAAGUUGUUAAUAUACUUCUAUACAUAUAUACAUAUAUAUAUAUAUAUAUAAAGUAGCUGAGCAUGAACUAUGCACCUAUAAAUAUUAACUGUGGAAUAUUACUGUUUUGUGAUAGGUUUUACUAACUUGUAUCUGUAAAUAAAGAUGGCCAACUGGAAUAAAUAAAAUGCAUUGACUGUUCAAAGAGGAGCUGCUAACUUGGCUUUGACUAACUAGUACUUCCCAUCCCAACAUUUUCUUCCUAAGGUAGCUUCACACAUUAAUAACUGUACAGGUUGACUGCUGUGAAUGGAAACACAGGUAGUUCUCUACUUAUGAUCAUAUUUGAGCUGACAAUUUCAGUUAUAAGUCAUGACAGUCGCAAAGCAGGUCACCAUGUGACCCCCAUCUGAUUUUAUCACCUCUUUUGUGGCAAUCAUUAAACAAAGAGGCUAUUAAGUGGACCUAUUUUUCACUAAUGGUAUUUUUUCCCAGAACCUAGAAGUGAAGACUGGUUUCCAAAGGAGGAAAAAAAACACAAAUCACAAUUAUGGGAUGCUGAAAGGAUUGUAAAUGUGGGAGGUUGCUAAUCACUCAAAAUGUGGUCACAUGACCACAGAGGAGAUCUGGAUAUCAGAAUUUCAAAGUGACCAGUCAUAAAUCAAGGAUUACCUAUAUAACUAAUGUUGGAACAAAUCAGGGCACCAGCUUGUCUUGGAGUCUACCAUCAGCCCUUCAUAUCUCCACUUCUCUUCCAAACAAUAUUUUGAAGGCUUACCAUAGUUUAAAAAGCCUUAAAUCCUUAGCUGAAAAGCAGCAUGUGAAAUGACAGCGGGUAAAAUGAUAAUGUGCACUGGAUAUUUAAUAGCUUUUGUAAUAUAAGAUAAAUGUUGAUAGAAAAGUUUAUCAAUAGUUUUUAAUCAUGCUAGCCAACAGCGC